ACCACAACACACAAUAGAGCAGCCCAGAAAGGUUCAAGUUAAAUUUUUGUUGAGAGCAUGGCAACCUGUUUGGAGCGUUACUUUUGCCCGAAUAAGCCCGUCUGCAGCACAGGGAGACGGGCCACCUUCUACUAUCCAGGCGGAGGCACCUACUCCGGGUACUGGCUGUGCAACAAGCCGCAUGGCUGGGGCGUUAAGAAGACCGCGAAGCGCACCACGGCCGACUUUGCCGGCAAGAAGGUGCCGGACGGCCAGCUCGUCUAUGAGGGCCACUGGGUGCAGAACAAGCGGCAGGGAGUCGGAUCCAUGCUGCGCAAGCGCGGCACCAACGUCCAGCUGAUAUACGCAGGGCAGUGGUACGACGAUAUGAAGUGCGGCGAGGGGAAGCAGUUCUACCCGGACGGGUGCGUGUACUUCGGAAAGUGGCUGAGAAACAGGCGCCACGGACUCGGGAUACAGUGGUACAAGGACGGCAGCAUUUAUGUGGGCGAGUGGGAGACUGACUUCCGACACGGCCUAGGUGUCAUGUUCUAUGCUAAUGGCAAUCGGUACGAGGGUCACUUCGCACGUGGCUACAAGAACGGUGAGGGCGUUUUCUACCACAUGCACACUGGCCAGAUCCAGAAGGGGAUGUGGGAGAACGAUAAUGUCAAGACCUCGGUGAUGCAGGACGAGCGUACCAUCCGAGUCAACGAUGGCGUCACCCCCUAUCCAAUUCCGCGGAACUAUCUGAAGUACCCGAAUGAAAUAAUGCGGGAGCUCUUCCAGAGGUACAAGGUCUUUGGCGAGAAGCAGCACCGCAGGUUCAAUGACAAGCUCAGCCUGAACUUUGUCCACCACCACCGGGAGUACGCGUCCUUCGAAGAGCGGAACGCCACGCCGACCAUUGUUGACCUGUACCCCGACAUCAAGUUCUCCUGCACCUGUGACUGCGAGAAAAUCGCCCGGCACGAGACGACUGUUAGUCAGAUAUAGAUUUUAAGUAACUAAUUAUGAGAGCUGGACUCGCUAGUGGUCGUCGGGAAGCCUCUUACAGAUGUCAUAUACAAGUUAGCUAUUAAUAUAAAUUGUUUAUCAAUUA